AUGCCGCUUUCUCGUCUGACCAUAAGUGGCUUGGGACAUAUUCCCGCUUCUUGCUUCUCGUGCGCGAUACUGCGCCUGACCCCUUCUAUCGGUAUGUGCGACUGCUCCGUUCGUAGAUCACGGGCUCAACGUAGCUGGCACGCGGGCCGCUGGAGACGUAAGACCGCCUCACGCUCGUGUAGCUCGCGCGCGGGGAGGAGCCAUGGUGGUGAUGGUGGUGUCCGUGGUGGUGAUGCCCGUGGUGGUGGUGGUGGUGUCCGUGGUGGUACCUGGCGGGGAUCACCUCCUCAUGAUAGUAGUAUUUGCGGCCGCUAG